UUGCCGCUUUUCCCGCACAGGGGGUAGUUUGCCAAGUUAAUCCGAUUUUCACUAAAGUGAAAAAUGUCAGACAGUUAAUUGUCUUCGAGUUUCAGUCACGGGUAGCUUUAUUGCCUGGACUGUCCACUCGCAGAUAAUGGCUCACCUGAUUUUCCCUAUCCCUUUUAAAAUAAACAAAUUCCGAAUACUAAAUUCAUUCGGCAUUCGUUAAAAUUGUUACGAUAAUUUUGCCGAGACGACGAGUGAUCACCGACGGCUAAAAUACUGCUGUCUCCACUCAGAACCCCACAAGAAUUAUCAUAACGAUUCAGAAUGACUGACGAUAGAGCUCUAGUCGAUUGUUUCUGCAGCCGACGCGUGAAAUCCUUAAAAUAAUAAAUAAAUUCUAUUCCGUUCAAGUGUUCAGUAUUGAAUCAGUGAUCGAGAGUAUAUAUUUUAAAGAACUGUAUCCAGUGAAUUUCUAUAUUUUAUUUGAGAGUUUUAUUCGAAUAUUUCGUACGAGAAUCUUCGUUCCUGACCACCUGUGGAUUCAAAGGCGCUUUCGUUGUUUCGGCCUAGAGAAGGACGAUAAUCCGAGUGCAGAGCAGGAAUAUCUUCCUCCGAAGCAUCCAGGAAAAGUGGAACCUUGGCGGAUUGCCACAAACGAGAGAAAGCGCUCCCAGAUCACGGUAGCGGUUUUCUAUCCGAAGCCACCGAGAAUCUCGAAGCGAUGGAAUCCACAGGAGUUGCACAUAAAUCAUCAAAGAAGAGUUCAGCGCUGACAGGUGAACAAAGAUCCAAAGAUCUGGUGAACGAGCUUUACAAGGAAGGCCACGCAGCUGAUGUUCACGAUCAAAGCCUGCUCGCACCUUCAACUAGUGGGCAGUCGGUCCGCUUACGUAAAAAAUUGAUUGAACCAAAAGACAGUAUACCCCAAAAGCGUGAUAAUGAACCGGAUGAUGAACUGAGAGAAUUAGAACCUGGAUUAACGCCGAAGAAGAAGUGCAGAAUUUGCUCAAAUUCUUGCCUUGACUGCGCUGCCAAGGAAGAAGCUAACGAACUUUAUCAGCGAAAAGUACUGAGACUCCUUCGUAGAAUUCUUGGACAAUUGAGCAUCGCUACGGACGGUCCCCCUGUUGCCGUCGAGCCUCUAAAAUUAGGUGAUUUCAAGUUACCACUCAAGACUCUGAAGGCUAUUAUGAGACUGAAGGCUUUAAUCACCGUUGAGAUGGUCCAGAAAUUGGGAAGCAGUCACAGCAUAACGUUAUUUCCUUCUACUCAAAAAACGCAAAUUUGUCAAUUUUUGGCGAUCCAAAUUGGAAAAGGGAAGUAA